UGAGCAGUGGGCGGAGCUUUCCAGUCGGUCAGGAAGAGGAGAAAGGCGGACACAGAAACAUCAAGCGAUGGCUGCUAUCAGGAAGAAGCUGGUGAUAGUUGGGGAUGGUGCAUGUGGGAAGACCUGUCUGCUCAUCGUCUUCAGUAAGGACCAGUUCCCAGAGGUGUACGUCCCCACUGUGUUUGAGAACUAUGUGGCAGACAUUGAAGUGGAUGGGAAACAGGUAGAGCUAGCACUUUGGGAUACAGCAGGCCAAGAAGACUAUGACAGACUGAGGCCUCUCUCCUACCCUGACACUGAUGUUAUUCUCAUGUGCUUCUCAGUAGACAGCCCUGACAGUUUAGAGAAUAUUCCAGAAAAGUGGACACCUGAAGUGAAACACUUCUGUCCAAAUGUUCCCAUCAUCCUGGUGGGCAAUAAAAAAGAUCUGCGCAACGAUGAGCACACCAGACGAGAGCUUGCCAAAAUGAAACAGGAGCCAGUUAAAUGUGAAGAUGGCAAAGAGAUGGCGAAUCGCAUCAGUGCCUACGGCUACCAAGAGUGUUCUGCCAAAACCAAAGAUGGCGUGAGGGAAGUCUUUGAGAUGGCGACUAGGGCAGCACUGCAGGCCAAGAAACGUGUCAAGAAGUCCCCCUGCCUUCUGUUAUAGGUUCUGGGAGAAGAAGGAGCUGCCGUCAAGCACAGAUGGAGAGGGCAGCUUCCACUGAGAUUUGACAUAGGGGGAGAAUAUUGAGGAGGGCCCUGAAAAGUUUUGCGGAUGCUUAAUUUCUGAUCACCCAAUUAUCCUUAGCAAAUUAAAGCAGGUCUUAAACAAUUUGAUAGGCUUCUACACCUUGGUCCUUGGUCUGUACAUUAGGUUUUGUGCCAUUUUUCUUACGUCUAUCGAGAACUUUCAGAUCUUUACGUCUGUAGGGCAAGUGGUGGGGGGGUGAUUUGCAGUUGAAUAGAUGUAAACUGAAACAUGAAAUGUGCCAUGAUUGGAGAGAAAAUGUCCUCAUCAGGCCAAAGACAAUGGGGACCUGAGAAAGUAUGAAAAAAGACAUAAAUAUACAAUAGGUUUGAAUUAAGACCAUGUCUAAGUGAAUUUUACACAGUAUCGCCUACAUGUAGUGCCUUGAGAGCAGUGGUCGAGAAGAGUUAAGUUGUGGGGUAGGGAUUCAUAACUUAGAUGGGGUAUUAUUUUGUCAUUUGUAGUGUCCACACAUCACAUUUAUGAAUGCUUUCUCCCUGUCAUUGGCUUGGCUCCUUCAGGCCCAUAUUCUGACUCAGGCACUAUGCAGGGGUAUGCCUAAACUAGAUUGUAUGAGAUAUUUUCCCAUACUGAAUUACUUACCUGUACUUAAGUGUGCGUGUGUGUGUGUGUGUGUGUGCGAGUAUGCAAACUGUAUGGUGGUUUGUUUUCCCAGUGCAGGUCUGCAUGCAGUGAAUGUGUGUAUAUUUGUGUGGGAGUGUAUUAACAUAUGUGUCUACGUACUGUAUGCAUGGAAAGGCCUUCUGCGUCACUGACCUAACCCCUUGUUUCCAUGCCAAAGUUACCCCUGAUGGCCACAUUUUAUGGCUCAAAUGGGUAAUGGAAUUAACAGCUACUCAGAGUGACAGAAACCUUCAUUUACUGGAAGACAUUGUACUAUACCUAGAGGCACAAUCAGGUUAAACAUAUAAGUUUUUAGGACCUUUUUUUUUUUUUUUUUGUGUACCAGAGAUUCAUUUGAUCGUGUUAAUCAGUGGGUCAAAUCAUGAGUGGUGUAGUUGAUGAGUUGAAUAUUCUUUCAGAUAGAUGAUAGGCUUAUCUUAUUACUAUAAUGUCCAUUAUGUACUGUAUGUCCUACAAGGCUUUGUAAGGACAUGUUAUUGAUGUGUAUUUCAAGUUUGCCUUUUACUCAACUCUCCCCAUCCCCCCUUUAAUGAUUUUGUCAUUAUUGUACUAUAACUUUUUAUUGUUGAUGUCUCUAAUUUUCUUAGUAUAUUUUAAUCAUUUUACUUAAUCCUGCUGUUAUGAUCAGCCUAUGUCAGUUAAAUGAUAAAUUGUAACCGUAGUAUUGUUUUGUUUAAUUAAUUGAAGGUCAAGCUUGGGGUGCAAGACUGGAAAGUUUUGGGGGUGGGCUGCUAGAGCUGUUUCUUUUUUCUCUCUUUUUUUUUGUACUGUGACUUAUUAGUAUUUCUGGAUAUUUUUUUUUUCUUCCAAAUAAAGCUGAUAUUAGGGUUUUCUGUUGUAAGGUAUUUAUGUGUUCUUUGGUCCAUUCAUUCAUUAAUAAUUACGACCGUCUCCCUUAUGUUUCUGGCAUUAAUUUACCCUUGUUUCCAAAUAAAAACACUCAUAAAUAA